AUGGAAACAAAUUGCUAUCUAGACCUGGAUGAGAAAGGUAAUUCUGUCGAUCAAAAGCUAUACAGAGGUAUGAUUGGUUCGUCACUUUAUCUCACUUCCAGUCGUCCUGAUAUAAUGCAUAGUAUUUGCCUAUGUGCUAGGUUUCAAUGUAACCCAAAAGAAUCAUACCUUACUGCUGUAAAAAGAAUUUUGAAAUACCUAAAGGGAACUAGAAGUCUUGAAUUCUGGUACCCUAGUGGUGCAAAUCUUUUUCUAGAAGGUUGUGGUGAUUAUGACUUUGGUGGUUGCAAACUAGAUAGGAAAAGCAUCAGUGGAAUAUGUCACCUUCUAGGUUGUUCUCUAGUGUCUUGGCAAUCAAAGAAACAUUCUUGUGUGGCACUGUCCACCACAGAAGCCGAGUACAUUGCAGUAGGAAGUUGUUGUGCUUAG